UUGGUUGUGGUGUUGCGCGAUUAAGGAGUAUCUAGAGGAGCUUUUGGCAGAACCAGAGCAGUGCGUGAACGAGCUUGUCGACGGUGUGGGCGACCCUUGGCUCAGCGCUGGCCUUUCGUGGCGGGUCGUCGGGAACGUACACGUCUCGGUGACUUGGUGGCGGGCGCGCGAAUGCCACAAAUGGGGGGAAUAUGUGGGCCGGCCGCGCGACAGCUGCCUUAGCCGUCGCGUAGUCGACCUUGUUCAAGCUGCGGUACCUGGAGAUUCGGAGGGCCUCCCUCCACUUGGGACACGUGUUCGAGCACGGGUCGUGCUCCUGGCCGCAGUUGACGCAGGCCGGCCGAGGUGCCGGGCAGAGUGCGCGGCCGUGCGCACCGCCGCAUCGCCUGCACGUGGCCGGGCUGCAGCAGACCACUUGGACGUGGCCGAUGCGGCCGCAGCGGCGGCAGCGCGGCGGCCGGUCCACGUGCGGGUGCACUCGGUGCUCGACGAGCCCCACGAGCACGCAGUGCGGCAGCUGGGAGGUCGCGAACGUGAGCACCGCGGGCCCGCGGGGAGGCCGAGGAAUACGCACCGCCACGACGGGCGCCCGGGAGCGGAUGGCCGCCGCCAGCUGCCUCUCGGUGACGCCCGGCGGGAUGCCGUACACGACGCCCACGGUGCCGUGCGAGCCGUGGGGCUCGCGCACCUGCACGGGCACCCCGCACAGCGUCUUCAGGGCGAGCAGCUUGGCGGUCGCCUCGAUGGCGCUGGUGUCCACGGCCAGCAGGUUGAGGCGAAGGUUGAGGCGCACUUUGGUGAUGCCUUCGGGCGUGACCGCCUGCAGCUCCCUGGACACCUUGAGCGCGUCCAGUGUCUUGACCUGCGUCACGCCGUCGCUGGGAGAGAUGAUGGCCACCUUGCCCACCGCCUUCCCGUGUAGCUCGUCGGUCGAUGCUGCCUCCGCUUGUCGCAUGACGGACUCGUUUCGCGCGCUUUUCUUCAGCUUGAGGGAUCCGCUUCUGGGCAUGUCGGUCGCGUACAGCUUGCACGGAUGCGUAGCAAGGAGCUGUGUCGGGAACGUGCGUUCAACUGAAUCGCAUUCGGAGGCUGAACAAUGGAUGGCAUUAACUUUACUCAUGCAUCGCAAAAGACGGGCGUGGUGA